UACGUUAUAUUACGAUGAUCUUGUUUUUUUACCAUUAUUUUGUCUGAUUUUAUUCCAGAAAUGGCUGAGCAAACAUUUUUACGCAGCGCUAUCAGUGAAGUGUUGCCCGAUCUUGCAGAGGCUUCAAAAGACAUUCUCGAAGAGACUUUACAGUCAAUUGGAGUAGAAACGUAUGAUGACUUCCAGUUCAUUGUUGAGGAAGACUUGCUGUCAGCAUUAAGACCAAUUCAAGCCAGAAAGGCACUUGCUGCUUGGAAAUUCAGAAGCCAGACCCCUGAAACCAGCAGGUCCUCAAGUAAUGCAUCACCAGAUACUCCUCCAUCACAGCCGUCUUUGUCCCCGCUAAGUGUGUCAUCAAACUCCUCCAGCAGCAACCAGACAUCUGCAGCAGACUGGAUGGACACCUUUGAGAUACCAUGGGAAAAGUUCUCAGAAGAACUGAUGCAGGCAUUAGAGAGAGGUAAACGGCCAAGUCCAAAAAUGAGGAAGGAGAUGGUCAGGAUUGUGGUGUCUGAAAUGAUGCGAAAAAGUUCUUACUUGGGUAAAAGGAGUUCUACAGAGGUUGCAAAGAAGAUGGUGGCAAAAUAUCCAAAAUCUCUACAAGAUGUUAUCGAUGGAGAUGUCAUUGGCCCUGGCUAUCAUUCACUCGUCAAACAACUUCAAUAUCGAAUUGAGAACGUGAAGCGAUCUACAAUGCCUAAAAUAAGAAAGCGAAAGCGCUGCUCUGAAAACUCUGACACAAAUGAAAUUCCUCAGGAACAGAGAGCUGCAAUUCAGGACACCUAUGGGUGUAUCAACUGGAAUGUAAAAUUCCUUCCUCUUGGAGAAACUGCUGAAAGUCAGCAACAGAAGAAGGACAAGCUCAAGAUGAUGUCUCUGCAGAAGGAGGCCAAUCCUGAGGAGAUGAAACAAUUACUGAGGACAACUUUCUACUCACAGCGCAAAGAUAUUAACCAGGGGAAAAGCAUUCAAGAUGUCUUGGAAGCCUGGCCUGUUUUAUUUCAUGACAUUGGGAUGGCUGUACACUACAAGGGACUUACUGGACUUGGAUUGAAGGAAACCUUCAUGAAGAACAUGGAUAUGAAGGGGAAAAGACUGCUGAGCUACAUGAACACUGUUUGUGUGAACAAAAACAAAAGGUUUUUCCAGGCUCAGACAAAGUUGAAGAUGUUAAAGGGAGAACUGGACGGUUACUCUGAAGAUGUUAAAGAGCUGAUGCUCCUACUUCUCUGCUACUUCAAUGAAAAUGAAGAAGCAAUGUUCUUCUGUGUGGAGGACACAUGCCUAGCUGAAGAAGUACAGAUGGAGAAUGUCUCCUUGACUCCCACUAUCAUUGUGUGUGGUCAAUCCUGCUUCCAUGCUAAACGAUUCAUGCUGAGUGUGGAUCAACAGAUUGGAAACAACAACAUCUCCUGUUUUAUUUCUGCCCUCUGCAUGAUGUUUGGGAGCUAUUAUUGUUUUAACAUACAUUAUCCAUCGGGGCUGGCGUCUACACUGGAGUUUCUGCAGAGGUGUUUCUUCUCAAUCAACCCAGACAAGGGCAGUAAGGUGGAAGAAACCCGUAAACCCAGACUGCAUGUGAACCCCCGUGUACUCACCUUGAUCCAGGAACUUUCGGAUUAUGAGUGGCGUGAUGUUUGAGAAAGGACUAAAGUCAGUGAGUUAUCAAGACAGUGUUUAAUCUUAACAGAGCUGAAUAGAUUUGUAAAUGUAUGUUGCAUCUCACACCGUGUCUGCUGAAGUUAAAAAAGUUGAAAAGAUAUAUUUAAAUUUGUUCAGUGGCUGAAUUUUGCACCAUGUCAGAAAGGACAAAUGAUAAUUUCAUUGAAAAUAUGUUUUCAAUUAAAAUGUUGUUGCAGGUCUCGGGUGGAGGGACAGGCAAACAGAUGCAAAUAACCUGUUUUAACAGGAAAAGAACAAAUGAGCCACAGGAGACGGUGUUGCUGUGCUGGUAGCUCUCAUCCGAAUUUAAUCCAGAUUAUAACAAAAUUGUGACUAUACAUUCACACUUCCACUAGUUCCUCUAUAACACAACACCAGCUUAUUACUAUAUCAGGAAUUGUAAAUAAAUGCACAUUACAGACGGCUAUAUAAAACAUACGCAUUCUUCGCGUACCAUCUGAAGAAAUACUCCGAGCAGCUAACCGAGAGCUUAUUAGCAAACCGCAUAAUGACGACAUAAAAUAACACAAACCAAAUACACAGGGGACCAACGUCACGACACUUAGUGGAACGACUAUGUCUAUUACAUAACAGUUUUCAGUUUAGACCCGAACCUGUUUUAACAGGAAAAGAACAAAUGAGCCACAGGAGACGGUGUUGCUGUGCUGGUAGCUCUCAUCCGAAUGGAAGGGAGCUUCCUCGACACCGCAAUGGACCUUACCAGAGGGGCCGCUUUUCAUUGGCUGAUGCUCAUUCUACGUGGUCACGU